AUGGUUCGUUUGGACGAAGCAAUGAUUAACCUCUCCAUGUGUGGCUCAGUUCACAUGCUUCAGACACUACUCGAGAUGACUGGACACCAUUACAUUGGUCCCGUCACAAUGGAUCACUUGGUGCUUGCUGUGGACCGCGGAAAUAUACACUUUGUACGAUUACUUCUCAAACUCCAUGGUCAAUCGAGGGACUUCAAACCCAGCGCAACAAACAUAUUGGGUAGAGCUAUAUACGUGUUUCGGUUCCCUGGCAUCGAUGUCGAUAUGCUCAAGCUUCUCAAAGAGAUGGGCGCCUUAAGUUCCGGACUUUGCUCCAGGGCACUUGAACAUUGCAUCACGAAUCGCCGUGUUGAGAGUGUCCAAUACAUCCUUGAGGUGGCCAAGGAGUUUGAUGAGCAACAAAGAAUUGAAAUCGAUCGAGAGGUACAAACUAGCAUCAUGAGACACACUAGGCUUGGACAUCUGGACAUCAUCCAGUCGCUAUUGAGUGUGGCACCAUCCAAUCAUCGAACAAAUUACAGUCCUGGUAGCAAUCUGAGCAGGGUGGCGGCAGAGAAUGGCCACAUGCACAUCAUCGAGCAUCUCCACAAGAACAACAUUGGCAACGACUCAUUGAGAUCUGCCGAGGAGUCCACCAUCAUGGAACUGAUGAUCACUCGUUGUGGCGACCAAUGGGAUCAGGUCAUGGUCUCCAGGGUCCUCUACAAGAGGGUAUUGGACCAAAUGAAUGCUGCACUGAGGAGAGGCGACCAGAGCACUGCAAUGGACAUUCUCAACAGCCACUGGGACAAAGGACUGUCGUCAAAAGCAUGGAGCUAUCCGACAGAGUUGUUGAUCACCUUUCUCUCCAUUCACAAAUCAAAUCACACUCAUGGUUUAACUCCCGGUGGUUUGUGUCACAUUGUCCAACGAAUAAGUGAUGGCAGGGUAUCAUUGGAGCAUGGUUUGGAGUACCUACGUAACGCCAUGGUUGUUGCACCUGACGAGCCAGACGAUGACGAUGAUGGAUCAGGGGGCGAAGAAGAACACAUUCUCAAACAAUCAUCGAUGAAUUUGGCGGCAGGCUUCUCACUGGCAUUACUCCUUCGAGUUAAGGAAAUGACAUUGUUGGAUUACGAUUACCGUUGUCUGGAGGCAGCAAUCGAGCAUGAUCGCCUGGAUGUCAUAUCAUAUCUACUUGCGAACAACUUUAUCAAUGGUAGCUUCAUGCAAAGCUGGACAUUUGAGUUACUCUUCACCAAGGGGUCGGUCGAUGCCAUCAAGAUCGUUCAUCAACAUGUCAAGUUGGACAAGCCUAAUCUAUGCGUCAAUUCGAUCAAGAACUCAUUGGAAGUGUUCAAGCAUGUGAUGGAAUAUGUCCAUCCACCUUCAUCUCUGUCACCUCGACAACAUCGUUCAAUCAUCAAUGCUGCGGUGGUCCAAGACAAAGUUAACCAUCUCAAACAUCUCAUUGACAUUCUUUACUCACUAAUACCAAUGCCUUCAUUGGAUACAUUGAUUGAGGCCACCAAGAAAAGUGCCGUCUCAACAUUGGAGUAUAUCUUUGUCAAGAUCAAGCCAUUACCACUUACUCGCCUGUCAGAGAUUGAACAACUUCGUGUUCUCAAAUCGAUCUUGCACUCAGCCUAUGACUCUGGAAACACUCGCAUCAUCACCAUUUGCAACAAUCUUAUCAGAGAUAUCAAUACUGCCAAUCCAAAUAUGAAGAGGAAAUACUCAGAUGAUACUCCAACUGCACUCGCUCAAUCAGUUAUACACUCGGUUCUUGGAAACAACAAGUUGAACUCGAUGAUCAUGAAGCAUGUUGGAUUGAUCCAUCGGAGUUGUUUGGGCAUUGAUCAGAGCUUGAUCAUCAAAGGUGGACAACUGUUUGGCAACAACUCAUUGUUGGACUUUAUCAAGUAUGGUGCCACUGAAUACUUCAUCAAAUCAUUCAAAUCAAUCAAUCUCAAACACUCAUAUCCACCCAACAACAACAAGUUGAUCAGUGCCGCCAUUGCUCACUUUACUCCACGUCAUAUCCCCUUACUGGAUGCACUCAUCGCCCAUCCUUCAAUGACAUUGUCGCCAGAAACAAUCAGUUGGCGCGAAUUCAUAAAUCAACUCUCUGACUGCACGAUUCACAACUGGUCACGCAUCCUUGAUGAUGUCAUGCAGUUGGUGAUGGUCAACUCAAACUCUCCGCCAAUGAUACUCAAAGAGAAUGACAUAUUCUUGAUCAAGCAUCCAUUGUUCCUCAGCAAGAUGCUCUCAUUUGGUGUGACAUUCACUGUGCCACGAAUCAACGUACAUCCACCACCUCCCCCUCCCAACUCGGAAGUGUUGACCAGGUGGCUUCAAUGUCCGCCCGAGUCAAUACUUGAGAUGAUUCAAUUGAUUGGUCAACCACUAUCCAAGGAGACUGCCAGACACGUCCUUGCCCACUCAAUCAGGAUGGACAUCCAACCAGUUUCCCAAUACUUCAUUGACACGUAUCAACUCCUCAAUGAACCCAGGCUCCCAGCAUUCUGUGCCAAGCAUGGCUACUUUGAACUGUACAACACCCUGCCUCAAUCCACAAACAACUCCAAUUUGUUGUUUGAGACAAUAUUGCAAUGUGAGAAAUGUUUGAUGCCAUUGGAAGUCGUCACAAUGGCCUACCAGCAUAUGAUAGACAAUGGUGUUAGGCCAACCACAAGCUUCAGUUCCAAAAUGCCAAGAGGCCUCAUUUGCCCAAACAAGAUCAACCUCCUCGUAUCACUGCCACACCAUAAUGGCAAUAACGACCAAUUGGUGCGCAUCACCAACAUCAUUCCAAUUAUGAUCUCGGUUGGAUUGUUGGAGAGAUUCCUCGCAGAUUCACGCUACCAAUGCGACUUUGAUUAUGUGAUGAGCAGUGCCAUUGAAGUAGGCGAUCGACAAGUUAUAGAAAUGUUGGAGGCCAAUACCGACAAACGAUUCAAGACCGACUACAGAUCGGCAUUCAAUGCUGCUGCCUCUGUUGGAGAUCUGGAUACAAUCAAUAUGAUCUUGGACAAGCGACAUCUAUCGACAGCGACCGACCACAAGAUAUUUGGCAAUAGGCAUAGCACUCUUCAGAACAUCCAUCCGGAUGUGGCCACGAUCGUGAUUGAUCAACAAAAGUUGGAUGGACGCACUACUAUGUUCGAACAAGUUAUGAGUUUGUUUGUGGAGUACUUCAAACGAGGCGAUAUUGAGGCCAUCGAUCAUCUAAUACGACAGUGCAUAGAUUGCCGAGUUAAUGACCCAGGCGAAUUGGACAGCAAUAUCAAGUUUGGAAUUCAUUCAUUGCUCAGCCACAAGAUGACACCGAUCACCAACAGUAAAGUGUUGGCACACUUCAUUGACAAAGGAUAUCUUGACAUGGUCAACAAACAACACUACCUCACACGAGUGAUUGAACAUGCUUGUGAGAAUGGACACAUCGACAUCAUGAGAUUUGUCCACUCCUUGGAUCAGAUUGAUCAAUCAAUAUCAUUCAUUCCAGACCUUCGAUGCAUUGCCCGUAUAGUUGAACGCAAUCAACUCUCAGUGAUCCAAUACCUUUUUGGCGAUGAUCAGUCACCCAUCAAACGAUCACCAGACGCAACACUCGUGGUCCGAAUGGCCAAGUACGCUCGCCAUUCUGCCUUUGUCAAUGGCAACAUCAAUAUCAUCAACUAUUGCGACACAAUUAUCGUUUAA